CAUCUCUUUUUCUCUCUACUAGUAUUAUCAUCACAAACAAAAAUGGGUAGCAUUCCUAUUCUCCAUGCAUUCAUCCUCUCUCUUCAAGUGAUAGCAUUAACCAGCUCCAUUUCUACUACGGCUAACUCGGCUCCCUAUUCGGCUGCUCCACACCAAGCACCAUCUCCAGCCCCCUCUCACCACCACCAUCACCACCACUACCGCCACAACCUUUCAAAGCCUCCUACUUCAUCAGCUAAGCCACCCACUUAUCAGCCUGUCCAGCCGCCAACUAAAGCUCCAGUUUCGGCUCCAUACAGUAAGCCACCAAGUAAAGCUCCAGCUCCAUACAGCAAGUCACCAGCUAAGGCUCCAGCUCCAUACAGUAAACCACCAAGUAAAGCUCCAUUCUCGGCUCCAUAUAGUAAGCCGCCAAGUAAAGCUCCAGCUCCAUACAGUAAGCCGGCAGCUAAAGCUCCGGCUCCGGCUCCGGCUUUGGCUCCACAUAGUAUGCCGCCGAGAAAGCUAGUAGCUGUUGAAGGUGUUAUUUACUGUAAGAACUGUACUUAUGCUGGUGUUGAUACUCUCUUGGGUGCUUCUCCUCUUUCUGGAGCAACAGUGGAGCUAAGGUGCAGGAACACAAAGUACAUGAUAAAAAAGACAGCAGCAACAGACAAAAAUGGGUUCUUCUUUUUACAAGCUCCUAAGUACAUCACCACUUAUGGGGCCCAUAAAUGCAGGGUCUUUUUAGUAAAAAGGCCCAAGAAUGGUGGGCCCUGUUCCCAUGCAACCAAUCUUAAUGGAGGAGUCUCUGGUGCUUUUCUCUUCCUUAACAAAAAGUUGGCCCCACCACCUAAGCCUUUGCCUUUCUCUAUCUUCACUGUGGGUCCCUUUGCAUUUGAACCUUCCAAGUGUUUCAAACACUAGAAAAUGAAAUUCAAAGAAAAAAAAAAUGUUUACAUAUCUUCACUUAGUUUCCCAUGCUUUGUUUUCUUUAAAAAGGUAGGAAUUCAGCAAUGUCAGAUUUUAAUCGAUAUAUGUAAGAUUUCCUUUGUUUUAUUUAAUGGUAUUGUAUUGGUUUGAAGCAAACUUUUAAUGCUACCCCCUUUUAUUGGUCUUGCUUGAAUGUGUAAUUUGAUAUAUUAUCCUUUUUUAUUGUGAUAUUAUGAAAA